AUGUAAACAACAACUAAAGCGUAAUAGUUUAAAGUAAAAGGGAAUGAGGCAUUUCAAAGUAAGAAUUACCUUGAGGCCAUAUAAUUCUACUCUUAAGCAAUUGCUGAAGAUAAUACUGAAAGCAUUUUCUUUUCCAAUAGAUCUAAUUGUUACUAUCAACUAAGGAGAUAUCAAGAGGCGUGUAAUGAUGCCACAGAGGCUCUAGAAUUAGAUGAAAAGAACAUCAAGGCUCAUAUGAUCGCUGGUCAAUCGAUUUGUAUGCUGGCAAAAGAAAGAUAGGAGAGCUCCAAGAUUGACACAGGCAUUCAAAGAAUAUUAAAAGCUCGAACCUUGUGUGCAGGUUAAAAGAAAUCGGAAUAUGAGAAGGAAAUAGAUGAAAAAAUUCAUAAGGCUAAGAAACUGAAGUGGUUUAUUUAGUAGGAAGAGGAGAAAAUUAAAAAUUAAGAAAUUGUUUAAUAGUUAUAAGAUUUAGUUAAAAGCGAUGUUAAAUUGACCUAACAAGAAAAAUAAAUUACUUUAGCCUAAAUUGAUAAAUACAUUACAAAUGAAAAGCCUAAAUUGGAAAUCCCAGAAUAUUUGUAGUGUCAUAUUUCAAAAAAGCUGUUGAUCGAUCCUUACACAACAGAAGUAGGGUAUUCUUAUGAAAAAGCACUUCUAUUCUCUAAACUCCAUCUAAAUCAAGAUCCAUACACUAAGUACAUGUCUCAUUAAAUUAGCAAACCAAUCAAUCCACAAAUUAUAUAUCCUAAUAUAAAUUUAAAGCAAGCAGCAAGUGAGUUUCUAGCCUAGAAUCCUUGGGCCUAUGAUUAUAAUCCAGAUUAGAAUUAUAAGGAUAUUGAGAUAUGA